UUUCGCAAUGGGAUCGACGUCGCAACGCACAACAACAACGCCUCGCGCGCCGAGUAUCAUCGCAUCGCGCCUCUCCAUUCUCCAGACCGCCGCCUCACGCGCAUCUCGUGUCGAUCACCUCCUCGCGCCCACCGACAUACACUAUUGUCCGCCCGGCGAGUCCGACUAUACCGGUCCUAGUAGCUUCCGCCUAUAAUUCACUCCUCUCGCCUUAACGUUCCUAUCCCAAGAGCCCCCUUCGACAUGUUCCACGUCGCUUCUCGCCAUGCUGCUCCCGAGGCCCUCAACCUCUCCUCCGCACAGUACUCUUACCCCGUAGAACACAAGCUCAACAUCCCGCGCCGCCUCGCGCGACCCAGCUUCACCGAGCCCGCUCGUGACGCCGUCGCGCGUCUCGACCCGGGUCUCGCGAGCGUUCCACUCGAAUACAUUAAAAAGAUGCUUGCUGGCAACGCUAAUGAGACGCUUACCGCUCUGUCCCUCCUGACGAUCCCCAGCUCGCUCCCGUGCGCGCACCUACCGCCUUCAAUCGAUGCGCCCAUCCGGCCGUCUUCGAACACGCCCGACGCGUCUGCCUUCCCGACGCACGUCUUUGCCAUCCUUUCCUCCCGCUCGUCUGCGACCACCCCGACCAUGGCGACGUUCGCGGACAGGUCCUCCCUUUCGCCCUCCACGACCGUGCCCCUCUUCCCCGCCUCGGCCCUCGUCAUGGCCGUGCACUGCUCUCUGCUCCCUCCGCUCCCGCAAACGCACCGCAGCGCUGGCCGCCGCGCAGCUCUCACCCUCCCGAUCGUCCCUCUGACCGUCCCCAGCCCGGAGACGUACGCCCUCUUGCACGCAUAUCUGCACACGAUGCGUCCCGACACGCUCCUCGCAUCCCUCCUGCCCUCGCUCGCAUCCUCGCUCCCGCAGGUCUCCGUCUCGAGCAGCUCCAUGGGCUCGAACAAGCUCGUCUACGUCGCGCAGUUCUCGUCCGACCGCCUCGUCCGUCUUGCGUCCGCGCUCGCGGGCGCGGCCUUCCAGCGUGGGGGCUCGACGCAAGCGGCGCUCAGCGGGCUGAUGGCUCACAUCAAGGUCAUCAACGGCCUGUGGCAAAACGUCUGCGCGCUGGGCGUGUUUGACGCCGAGUUGUGGGGCGUUAUGGAUCUCGCGUGGGAUGUCGUCCUCGCGGCGAUGACCAAGGUCAUGGAGAACAAGGCGUGAGCUCGAGGAGCCUGGUCGCAGGUGCGACGGCGUCAGGGGCGCAGCGCACUCCGGCUUGUAUACGCACUUGGUGCCUGUUUGCCUCGGAUUGCAACAGACAUCACCGUGUCGACGAAGGACGACAAAAGAAGAGGCAAAGAAGGUGGCUCCGCCCUUACAUUUCAGGACUCACAUUCGCUUGGCUUCUUCCAGCAUCCCGCCCCAUUGUUUGUUCUCCUUGCCAUUAUCCCUAAUUUUGCGCCAUCUUCUCAUCUCCGCGCCUCCCGUGGCUCUUGCGGUCCGGACUUCGUAUAUUCGCGUAAUCACCCCACUCACCCUUAAUAUCUGCUAUCGUUCCUAGUACACUGCAUUCAUCUCCCUCGCUUCUUGCAUUCUUGGCAACCCUACAUACCUCCCAUACGUGUCUCGGCCUCUCCAAUUGCAUACCCCAGCGUGUAUUACUACUUCGUGUUCUCGGUAUCCCCACUGUAU